AUGGAGGAUGGGUGGCUGUCACCAUCUGAAACAGAUCCUUUUGACAAGGGCGAUGCGACCAUGGGCCCCUCCAUCUACACGCUGACCGACCAGCUCAUCAAGCCCAUCACCCUGGCCGCAGGCGGCAUGAGCUGGGCGCUGAUGAGGCAUCCCGCUGGGCUUGCGUGCGACCUCUUCGUCACGCACGCCUGGCAGGAAGGAAUCUUUGAGUUCAGCCACCAGCUCCUGAACUCCUGGCCCUUCGAAGCGCAGAACGCCUGGUGCUGCAUGCUGGCGAACCCACAGAACCUGAGCAUCGAGCGGCUGAUCAGCGACCCGAGGUCCUCACCGUUUGCUGUGGCCCUGGCAUCCGCCAAGUACGUGCUGGUGGUGCCAAAUGUUCAUGGGAGCGUUUAUGCCCGUCUUUGGUGUGUCUACGAAGCGUUUCUCGCCUUCGAGCACGAGAAGAUUAUUCUAACAGCCACCCGGCCCUGCUGCCGAGCGAAGUUCUGGGCCGGCAGCGCUGUAUUUCUUGCAUUCAGCAUCGGGCUUUGCAUGGGCCUGUGGCUUCGCAACCUCGAUGGGCCUUUGGAGUACGCAGCCCCCCUGACCGAGUGGCUGCUGAUUAUCUUCUGCUCCGGCAUUCUUGUGUCAGGUUGCGUCACCAUGCCUCUCUGCCGUCGCGUGGCCCACCUCGUCAGCGCCGGUUUGGCUGGCUUCUUUGCCGCGGUCUUGUUUGUGCCACCGGAUUUGCCUGAGGCACUAGACUCAACAUUUGCUACGAUGGGGGUGGUCUUCUGGUGCUUGAUGGGGAUAUGUGUGCUGGUUUCGGAGGUGGACCAGCUGAAUCGGAGAGCAAUCGAGGAAAGCGAGCUUAGCUUGCAGGUUGGCUAUUCGGGGAGUAGCAGCUGCGCAAAGUGUUCGCGGGAAGAUGAUUCUGUCAGGAUCUGGCGGGAAAUCGGCGCACGAUCCAGUGUAGUUGACUCAACGAUCGCUGUGCUGCUGAGAGCUGGGAUGUCGACUGCAUCUUUGCGCCGGGCAUCAGCAGCCGGAGUAGAUGUCAAAAAUGCUGGAGAUGCAGACCAUGCCACGGUUCUGUAUUUUGUGACAUUCCAUGCUGUCAGACUUGCCGUCUGCAUGAUGAUGGUUGGCUCUUGGCUUGGCUGGGUGGUUGCGAUCAUCUGGGUUUGGGCCAUCCUUGGUACUGUCUUGGCCUACGUGCGCUCGCAGAAAGACGGCCGCGCCUUCAUCUGCAAAGUCGCGAAGAAGGUCCUGGCGCUGGACCUUCUCCAAGUCAUCGUCUGCAAGUACUCCGAGCUGACCUUCAAGUCAAAUGCCAGGAUUGUGCUUCCGCUGGGCGCCUCAACGGCCUUCCUGACGUACGUGCUCUCGGUUAUCGGCCUGGAUGGGGUCGCGGCGAUGCCAGGUUGCGGAACAUUUCUUGCCAGAGCACUUCUGAUUGAGAUUUUUUUCAGUCUUUCACAAAUCUGUGCUCCCACAUCGCGUCCCGAGCCCUGUGCACUUUGUGCUUCAGGGAACAGUUCCGACGAGGAAACUGCAUCUGAGCUUGCUGAGUCUUCUGACUCGGGCACGCCCUCCUAG